UUUUUAUUAGAAAAUAGUUGGACAUACUCGUACUUUUUACAACAAUUGUUUGCAAGUACUGUGUGUUGAAUAUGGCUGGGAAGUUUACUUUUGGUGCUCCAGCUACAACUUCUGCAUCUGGUGGACUAUUUGGGUCCACUGCAAGCGGAAGUACAGGUUUCUCAUUUGGAAGCAAACCAGCUGUAUCGCAAACAGUUUCAGCAUUUAACUUUGGAAGUACAACCACGAGUGCAACUACAGGUUUUGGAACAAGCACAAGUGGAUUUGGUUCUGGAACAUCAGGAUUUUCUGGUUUUGGUAAACCAGCUACCACGACUACUACUGCUUCAGCAUUUGGAACAGGUUUUGGACUUUCCAAACCCACCACAAGCACUGGGUUUGGAGGGUUGGGUGGAUUCAACCAAACAAACCAACAACCUGCAGCCCAACCAACACAACAAGAUAAUGCAGUGAAUCUUCUGCUCACCACUGCCACUGCUCUCUCAGCCCCUCUAGUGUUUGGUGAUGAGCGAGAUGCAAUCAUGACGAAGUGGAAUCAGAUCCAAGCUUUCUGGGGAACAGGGAGGGGUUUCUACAGAAAAGAUGGGGCUCAUGUCGACUUUACGCCACAGAACCAUUUCUGCAGAUUUAAGGCUGUUGGAUACAGUUGCUUGCCGUCAGCAAAAGAUGAGGAUGGUCUUAUAUCCCUUGUGUGUGGUAAGAAAGAGAAGGAAAUGCAGGAAGUUGGUAAAGAGAAGAUCAGAGAAGCUAUUCAUAAAAUCCUUGGCUCUAAUCAAAGUAUCUCAGUUCAAAUUGACUCAAUGAGAGAAAUUCCAGACAAUAAGACGGAAAUUACGAUUUAUGUAAAUGAGCAGUCAAGCGCGAUAGGCUCAGUGAGGCGUGUCCUUGCAUCGGAGCUACAUCGGUUUCUUCAACAAACAAAUAUUCAACAACAACUGAAACAACAGCUCCUCGUUGAAGCUUGUGUUCCGCGUAUGGCUAUGAGUGAAGACAAAGUGAGAGCUCUCCUCGUCAAUCCCCCUUCAGGUAUCGAUCCAGUGAUAUGGGAGCAAGCGAAACUUGACAACCCAAACACCAAGAACCUCAUCCCCGUUCCAAUGAUUGGGUUUAGUGAGCUUAGGAAUCGAUUACGACUUCAAGAGAUGAUGGCUAAACAACAUCAGAUGAGACUUGAUAUUUUGAGCAAGGGAUUACAUGACGUACAACAGCAACAAGCCAGCACACAAUCUAAAGUUGAACAAUAUAAAAGAAAGUUACUUGAGUUGUCACACAGAGUAUUGAAGGUGAUGAUCAACCAAGAAAUUAUUCGCAAAGCUGGAUAUGCGAUUCAACCUGAAGAGGAACAACUGAGGGUUCAUCUUGAGUCGAUGUUCAACGAGUUGAAUGCUCCUACCCAAUUCCGAGGCCGUCUUAAUGAACUUCUCUCUCAAGUCCGGAUGCAUCAUCCUUCCUAUUCUUCCCAACCAACAUCCAAACUUGAUCCUGAAUCGAUGGAAGAGAUCCGCCUCCACCUCCGGAUGCAGCAGGAGGGGAUUUCAACUUUGGUCAAAAUCCUCCAAGAUGACUUUAAAGAUCUCAGGACGAUUGAAUCCUCACUUGAGGAGGAUGAUGCCUCUUCCUCUCAUGGUUACCAUAGUAACCACUACCCAAUCUACAGAUGAUGAUGGAGGGGAAUACAGGAGGGAAGAGGUUCAUAACCAAUGAAGGUGCCAACUGAAAGAAAGAUAUCAAACUGCAGUUCAAGGGACUCUAUUAAUUAUGAUUAGCAAUUCAAUUCACUGCCAAAUCUCUCUUUUCUCUUUAAGUGUUUAUCUUUUUACUGCUUUAUAAAUAUUAUCGUAACAAAGUAGACUAAUGGUGAACAGGUUUAUCAUGAAUAAGAGAUAAAACAGGGUUUUAUUCGGUAUUUCACAAAAACUUGGUCUAAAUUGUAUUCGCAAUUUUUUCUUCUACUAGCUGCAUGUGGCAAAGAGAACGACAUUAAAAUUAAGCUUUUGUACAACGAAGCUUCUAAUAAAUAAGGGACAAACGUU